UUAGGUUAUGUUGUCAAUAGAAUCGCUUGUUUAGUUGUUUGUUUACAUUUGUUUAAUUUACAUAGCUUUUUAUUAAAUAUGGGAGAGAUACGUUCAUAUUCCCUGGACCCUGAUACAAAAACGAAAUUGAAAAUGUGUCUCUUUAAAAACGUACAGAAUGUCUACAUAAUCAGAAAUAACAUUGUAAAAGGUGUGUGGAAUUGUACAGCCAUCAAACCAAGUCUUGUAGUAGAUCCUCUGCAAAUUGCCGUGGCGGCAAACCGUGCUGUGGUCGCCGAAAAGGCAGGAAAUAUGGUUACGAGAACAGUGUAUGGUGAAAUUUUGUAUAAUUUAUCUCUUUCAAAAAACAUAUCACAGAGCCUUAGUAAGUUCGGCGUGGAAAAAGACAAUGUUUUAUUAAUGUGUUUCCUCGUAAACGAAAAAGAUGAAAGUGAAAAUAUUAUAAGCCAAAUACAAGGAGAGCUAUGUCCUAUUAGCGAUUUACACAAGUUUACCAAUAUGAAAGAAGUAAAAAGUGUUUACAAAUUAAACACAAUAAAAUCUGAUUUUGAUUUAUUAGAUAUAAUUGUGAGCCGUAUGGUUACAAAGAAUUUUGUAACCUACUAGCUGUUAGUCCUGAAGGACGUAAGUUUUUUCAUCAAAUAUGUUUAGUUACAAAAUAUGUUAAUGUUGUGUUUGUUUUUUUUUGUUACUUAGGUACAUGGAAAGCAAUAUUUUGUCUUAUAAGAAAAUACCUGCAUCAUGUUUAAAUGUGUAAUAAUUUUGCUCUUUUUAUGAGGUAUACAAAAUAAAAGCCAUACAAUUUG